AUGGCGUGGAGUGCAAUAUUUCCCAAUGAUGUAACAACACAACACCAAUCCCUUGUAUUUAUAAAAAGAAUGAUGGCUGUGGGAGUUUCAUGCAUCACGUAUCUGCGUGGGAUAUUUCCAGAAGAUGCCUAUAGAACUCGAUACUUGGAAGGCAUGUGUGUAAAAAUAUUGCGUGAAGAUAGUCGGUUUCCUGGAGCAAGCAAAGUAGUAAAAUGGAUGAUGGGGUGCUUUGAUGCUUUGGAGAAAAGAUUUCUACGAACAAUUAUCCUUGGAGUUCAUAGAGAUCCCGAGGAUCCAAAUAGUAUAAUUGAGUCUUACCAGUUUAAAUUCAAGUACACUGCAGAUGGACCAAAGCUGGAUAUUUUAAGCAAGAACAAGCACAUUGGAACAGAAGUAAGCUUUCAAGAUACGAAGAAAGCAUCCAUACUGCUCAUCCGUAAGCUGUUUGUCUUGAUGCAGAGCCUGGAAAUUCUUCCAAAUGAUGUGUCUCUGACAAUGAAACUCUUCUAUUACGAUGAAGUGACUCCUCCUGACUAUCAACCACCAGGGUUUAAAAAAGGUGAGUGUGAUGCUCUGUGGUUUGAGGGAACCCCAGUCCAUUUUAAAGUUGGUGAUGUGCCCACUCCGUUCCAUAUGAUGAAAGUGCGGGUCACCACAGAGAAAGAGACAAUGGAACAGCUGGAGAAAGAGAACAUGCUAAAUGAGGAAAAUGAAACUUCACAACAGAAAAUGGAGGAACUCAAAUCCACCAUAAGUGGCAGAAAUUCUGUAAAGGCCGGAAUUCCAUGCCACCAAAAUACUACAGCUCAGCCUAGACUUCAGAAAUGCAUGCCUAAUGAGCAAUCAUUUGGUGAAUCAGAGAAAGAGAUAAAACAGUUGGUAGCAAAGGCAGCAGAGCUGGACGUAUCAGGCAAAAGGACAAAACUUGGAAAAGAGCUGGUACAAAGGGCUGGUUUGCAGCAAAGUGGAGAAAUGCAUGAGGAACCACAGAAGUUGAGUACUACACAGUCCAUAAAAGCUGUUCGAGCCAAAAAGACAAUCUCUGAACUUGACCAAGUGGAGGUUGUUCUUUUGCCAUUUCACAUGACAAUAGCAGCAAGUUCUGGCCCAUAA